AUGGACUCAUUUCAGUUUCAUAAGCUAGUUCACAAUAAAAAGCAGAGAUGGGUUUUCAUGGUGGUGGUAUUGGCUUUUACUUAUCUAUUGUUUCAGUCCCUGCUGCUUCCAUAUGAGAAAGCUAUUCGGUCAUUGUUGCCGGAUGAUGAGGUUCCGAUAGGUGGUGAAAGUAGCUUUCUGAAUAUACAUUCUGCUGCCAAGUCUUUGAUGGUUCAUUAUCCAUUACUGGUUAAUGCAUCGGAGUUUAGUACUGAUUUGAUGUUAGUUGGGGUGGUGAAAAAUGAGGAUAAUCCUGAUGCUGGAGGAAAAAUUGGGCAUGGUGGUGGGGUAUAUCACAAGGCCAUUGAUAUAGAGAACGGUUUUGCAUCUGAAGUGAAAGGCAUAUAUGAUGGUCGUGAACGUGUUGUGGAUGGAAAUUUAAAUGGCGGUUCUCCAUCUGAGGUUUCUGUAUAUAACAAUGAGAGUUUAGCAUUGCAUAAUGUUAAAAAACAGGAAAGUAUUUCAGUUCUGGAUGAGGCAAAUGAAGGUAGAAAUGGUGUUUCUCUAGAGCAGUUUGUGAAACCAAAUGAUGGGGUUUCUAUGAGCAAAAAUAUAGAAGUGAAUACAAGUCUGGCUUCAGAAAAAUAUGAGGGAAUAGAUACAAUCAUCCAGUCUCUUCCAUUGGCACCUCCUGUAACAGCUUCACCAAUCACCAUCACCUAUCUAGAGAACGUGGUAUCAAAUGCAACCUCCUCAAUUGGUUCUGCUGUUCGGCCGGGUGAUGGUGCAAUUUCGAAAAAUGAUUCUGUAAUGACGAAUAGUACUGCAAAGAAGGAAUUGAGGUGUAACAUGCCACCAAAGUUGAUAACAUCAAUAUAUGAGAUGAACCGCAUACUAGUGAGGCACCGAGCUUCUUCACGUUCAAUGAGACCACGACGGUCUUCUAUACGUGACCGGGAAAUAGUAGCUGCAAAGUCACAGAUUGAGCAUGCACCUGUUGCAAUAAAUGAUCCAGAACUUUACGCUCCUCUCUUUCGAAAUGUUUCCAUGUUCAAAAAAAGUUACGAACUCAUGGAACGCACACUCAAAGUGUAUGUCUACAGGGAUGGGAGCAAACCCAUCUUUCACCAACCAAUACUAAAAGGAUUAUAUGCCUCUGAGGGAUGGUUUAUGAAAUUGAUGGAGGGAAAUAAGCGUUUUGUUGUGAAGGACCCUCGAAAGGCUCACCUGUUUUAUAUGCCAUUUAGUUCGCGGAUGCUGGAAUACUCCCUUUAUGUACAUAACUCUCAUAACCGGACAAACCUACGGCAAUAUUUGAAAGACUACUCUGAGAGCAUUGCAGCAAAAUAUCCUUACUGGAACAGAACCGGUGGAGCAGAUCAUUUUCUUGUUGCCUGUCAUGACUGGGCUCCAUACGAGACAAGGCAUCACAUGGAACAUUGCAUAAAAGCCCUCUGCAAUGCUGAUGUGACAGCAGGCUUCAAAAUAGGAAGGGAUGUGUCUCUUCCAGAAACCUAUGUCCGAGCCGCCAGAAAUCCUCUUAGGGAUCUUGGAGGAAAACCACCAUCUCAGAGGCACAUUCUAGCCUUCUAUGCUGGGAAUAUGCACGGCACAUGA